GGCAGCGGCGGGAAGAUGUCGGGCUGGGGGAGCGUUGGGGACCCGCAGAUUUUAAGCAGGCGUGUCCCUCAGAAUCCCAGAUACCAACACAUAAAAACCCGCCUGGACACUGGAAGCAGUUUCUCAAAAUACACUGAGAAGUUGGAGGAGAUCAAAAGAAAUUACAGGUACAGAAAGGAUGAGCUCUUCAAAAGGCUGAAGGUGACAACGUUUGCCCAGUUGGUCAUCCAGGUGGCCUCUCUAUCUGAUGAAACCUUAGAAGUGACCAACACGAAGCUCCACAAGCUGGAAGCUGGUGAUUCUGCUCCUCCAGGUGGUGAUUCUGCUCCUCCAGAUGCUGAACCCGGGGCAGGGAUGAAUGGGAAAGGAAACUCUGAGGAGACAUCAAGUCCAAUCCUCUUCAUAAACAACACAGGAGAUGGGGAAUCCAGUCGGUCCACACUGCAGAGUGUCAUAAGUGGAGUUGGUGAACUGGAUAUUGAAAAGGACCCCCCCAAGAAGGUGGACCCUCGGGUUCAGGACAUGCCUUACCCUGACUGUCCCUUCCUGCUGCUGGACGUGCGAGACCGAGAUGCCUACGAGCAGUGUCACAUUGUUGGAGCUUAUUCCUACCCCAUUGCAACUCUGGCCAGAACCAUGAACCCCUACACAAGCAAUAUUCUGGAAUAUAAAAAUGCACAUGGAAAAAUUAUCAUCUUGUAUGACAACGACGAGAGGUUGGCGAGCCAGGCUGCAACCACCAUGUGUGAGAGGGGCUUUGAGAACUUGUUCAUGUUAUCUGGAGGCCUGAAGGUCCUUGCACAGAAGAUCCCAGAAGGUCUGGUCACCGGCUCGCUCCCCGUGUCCUGCCAGGUGCCACCACCCCCUGGAUCUGCCCGGAAAAAGACCUCUCCCAAAGUGCCACCUACUCGUGCUGAGAAUAAAUGGAGGUUUUCUGCAGAGGAUCUACAGAAGAUCAAGUAUUACCUAGAAAAGGAACACGUUCCUUCAGACCCUGCCACCCGACUCAGCCGUGGUUCUUCAGGCCGUGACUCCAAGCUGACAACCACCAGGAGCAGCUCCAGCAACACCAGUGGCAAAGUGGGAUCCCUCCCCUCCCACUCGCUCAGAAAGAACAACCUCCAGAUCCGACCAUGGAAAUAAGGAGCAGGUUCUUCUUCCACUCAACACGUGGAUGUCCAGGUUCUGGGAACCCUGAGCAGCUCACAACUGGCAGCUCAGAUGAAGCUGAGGGAGCUGGACAUGGUUGACCUUUCCUAGAAGCAGGAACGGGAUCACUUUGGCAAGGCUGACUUUUAGCUGCAGGGUCAGGACAGAGCUGAGAUCCCUGGUUCUGUCCAGGUGGGAGGGAACUGGUAGGAAAGCCUGUGUGACCAGUAGGUUCUACCAACCUUGUCGUUCAGGCCAACUCAUUUGUGUCUGUCCCAACCACUCCCUCUGUGCUGUGCCCAGAACCACAGGCUGGGCCAACAGGGAGGAGAAAAAUGGGCCAGAAAUCACCUGUGAGCACAACCCCUGGUGUUCUGCAGCAGAGGUUCAGACACUCAGCAACUUGCCAACGUUGGGGAGAGGAUCCCGUGAGUUCUUUGUUUUUAAGGAAAUUAUGUUCAUGAGCAGAAGUAUUUAUAAGAAAACUCUUUGGUUUUGGAAAGAAUUCCCAGUGUGGGACCAACCUGAGAGUCGUGUUCACUCCUGGGCAGUUUGUGAAACAAUUCUGCAGUUUUAAAGGUGACCUGGAGGAGAAGAGAACUGGGGUGUUUUUUUUUAUUCCUCCCCACUUCUCUUCUCCUUUCUUGUCUAGAAGGUUUGGCUUCUAACUGGGUUUGUUCUGCUGUGGUGGGUUUUCAUUCUAAAUAAAAGAGAAAAGCUGCCAAGCUGUGCUGAG